AACGCUAGCACUUUUUUGGAGCCAGGGAGCAGACGCCUAGUUAUUCCCCGCUGCCAGCAGCGAACGUUAGCACAUUUGCUUGUGAAUUCUCAAAGUCAUCAUCAUGUUGUUGACAAUAGUAAUGGGUUUCUAAGGUGCGUUUUUUCCAGUCAUCGCCGGCAUCCACAGAGUUAGCAUUACUGGCUAGGUUUCGUGCGCCAUCAUCGAAAGUUCGAGUUCAAUGACCCGGAGACUCCAAUAUCAUGUUUCGAAUUCUAUCGCUUGCGUACACAUACUUAUCUGCCCGACCCGCAACAUCAUGGUCACUAUCUGAAGCCGAGGAGAGGGCGAAAUCGGAAGUACGAAAUAAUCAGCUCAAAGCCUCAAACUGGGUCUUGGCACUCAAUGCAAGGAGGAAACUCGCUAUGUACGCUGUCAUCCUUUUGAAGGGCCUUCGCUUGACCUAUUCAGGCGGUUGAACAUCGGAACGGUCCACUCAGUCUCCGUGCGACAUCUCUUUCGUUCAUCUAUCUCACAUCGAUAAUGUGCAUGUUUCAAGUGUUGAAUCAUAUUGCCGGAGAAAUAGGUAGAGGUCUUACUUCCAACCGACCUGUCAAGUACUGCCCUAGUUGCUCCUAUGACUUGAAGUUUAUCAGAUCGCGGCAGCAGGUAUCGGGGAAACGACGCGGACGGAAACGAGUUGAAUAUACAGAUUCCUUAUGUCAUUUUAUAGGAGCUAGAACUAGUCGCCUCUCGCUCCUUGACACAAAGAAGUCGAACGCUGAGUUGCUUUGGCCAAAUCAAUUGUGGAUGAUCUUAGGGUCAAUAGAAGACUACGGAAGGAAUCUGGCAAUAUUUGACUUAUUUUUGGUUCAAUUCUUCGGAAGGAUGCGCACGGGAUAGCUAGAUGCGGGAUCUUUGGCGACCUUUCCCACACUAGGUGUCUCAUUGGCACGCUCGACGAAAUGACAUUGGAUAAUGGAAAUCAGGGCCAGUUGCACCCACUCAAGUCACUCGGGUACCUCACACAAAACCUAUCCGAUUAUUGUUGGGCAGGAUCCGAUGAAUACACAGGUUGCACAACCACUGCAUUGAAUCCCCUCUUGACAUACAUUGCGGAUAGUUUUCGGGCUGGCGAUGGAAUUCAGCAAUCGGUAACGACGCCUGGUGCCCCAGUGUGUUAGGCCCUCAAUCCACCACUUUUCCUUUAUUUUCCCGUUUCAAUAUUUAAGAGACAGGAACUGAGGGGUUUCUUCAGACUAUCAGUCCAGAUUUUCGUCUCGUCUAAGGCUCUCGUAUGUUCCCUAAAGCUUCACUUCUUUCACUUGCUCUCCUCACAGUUGGUGCACUCGGCCAACAGGUCGGCACCCAACAAUCUGAGACCCAUCCCAAACUGAGUUGGUCCAAAUGUGCUGCCGGUGGAUCCUGCACGACCCAACAGGGUUCCGUUGUCCUCGACUCAAACUGGCGUUGGCUUCACUCCACCAAAGACACCACGAACUGUUACACCGGCAACACAUGGGACACCACUCUCUGUCCUAAUGGCAUCACCUGCGCUCAGAACUGUGCCCUCGACGGUGCGGAUUAUAGCGGCACAUAUGGUAUCACGACCUCCGGGAACUCCCUUUCCUUGAAGUUCGUCACCAAAGGACCUUACUCUACCAACAUCGGAUCCCGUGUCUACCUCAUGGAUACCUCUGAUUCCAAAUAUCAGAUGUUUAACGUGCUCAACCAGGAGUUCACGUUCGACGUCGACAUGUCCAGGCUUCCUUGCGGUCUCAACGGAGCUUUGUACUUCGUCUCCAUGGACGCAGAUGGCGGUAUGGCUAAGUCCACUAACAACAAGGCUGGUGCCAAGUACGGUACUGGUUACUGUGAUACACAGUGCCCGCACGAUCUCAAAUUUAUUAACGGCGUGGCUAACUCGGAGGGCUGGGAACCUUCUGACAACGAUCAGAACGCCGGAAAGGGUAAAUAUGGGACGUGCUGCAAUGAGAUGGAUAUCUGGGAAGCCAACAUGAACGGUGCCGCCGUGACUCCUCACGUCUGUCGCGGUACCUCCGGUGGUCAGACCCAGUGCAGUGGCAUUGACUGUGGUGACAGCCCAGACCACAGGUACGAUGGUCUCUGUGACAAGGACGGAUGCGACUUCAACUCCUUCCGUAUGGGAGAUACCUCCUUCCUUGGCCCUGGCAAGACCGUCAACACCAACUCGAAAAUUACUGUCGUCACCCAGUUCCUCACCAGCACCAAUACUACUUCCGGAACUCUCAAGGAGAUCCGUCGUCUCUACGUCCAGAACGGCCAGGUCAUCCAGAACUCGAAAACUAAGAUAUCCGGGAUGAGCUCCUACGACUCUAUCACCGAUGCUUUCUGUAACGCCCAGAAGCAGGCCUUCGGUGACACGAACUCGUUCGAAGACAGGGGUGGAAUGGCAGCUAUGGGACAGGCUUUCGCAAAGGGAAUGGUUUUGGUGAUGAGUUUGUGGGACGACCACGAAGCUGGAAUGUUGUGGCUCGACUCGAACUACCCUCUCGACAAGUCCCCAUCUACUCCUGGUGUGGCUCGCGGUGCUUGUGACGCCGCAUCAGGUGACCCCAAAACGGUUGAAUCGCAGCACGGAGAUGCAACCGUGGUCUUCUCUAACAUCAAGUUUGGUCCCAUUGGAUCGACUUAUGCCCAUUAAUCAAAUCUUCAGUGUACCCGUGCCGUCUGUUGUUCAUCUUUGGCUGUGUGAUGAGCGUAUACCACGUCUUGUUUGAUAUGUACCUUAUACACGGCAAUAUUAUGAAGUUUCCGCA